AUGGUCCUCAUGCCAUCCAACAUGUGGCACAACGCUCAGAAUCCGGCCGUCCCAUACCACCAGCGUCACGCCAUGAACGAUCUCGACGACCUGGACAUCGAGCUCGGCACUUACAAAAGUCCCGACACCGUCGACCAGCCCCUACCAGCUUACAACAACGAUGGCACGAUGGCACCUUCAGAGAAGGCAGCUGGACAUGCCAGCGCCCAGCAAAGUCUUCCACCUCGCCCACACGCGGCCCGCCUAGCAAGUCCUCGACCAACGUACGUCCCUCCGCAGGCAGCCCGGAUCUCAAGCUUCACCCGACGACAGCAGGCCCUUCCGCCCCGCCUCCGCAAGGCAAAGACGAACUGGAAGAUCGUCGCAUGCUGCGCAGCGCUUGGCGCUCUUGCCAGCGUAGCAGUCGCUACCUCGUACUACGGACCCUCGACAGCGGGCACCUGGCUCCAAUAUUAUAAAAGAGACGGCGCCCGUCUUUACGAAGCCGAACGCAUCAGCAACACUCAUGGCCUCUUCUCUCAUGGCUCGAAGCGGGACGUUGUCCCCGACUUCACGCUCGCUGCGGAUCAGCACAUCAAUGAUGCCGGCGCUCUCCUACGCGAGGGCGUUCCCCUCCUUGAGGAACUCACGACCUCGACGAGCGAGAACCAGAAACUUCCAACCAUCCUCGACGUUCCCUUCCCCAAGGCUAUUGACCCUCAGAUGAAGUGGUACACAACUCACUGCGUCCCCGCCCUACUAUACACCACUAUCAGCCAUCAGAAGCCCGAGUACAACGACUCCGAAGACGCAGAGAUGUGUCCAGUCGUGACGGAAUGCUUGACCAAAAUCCUCUCUGCUAAAGUUCACGGAGCCGAUACGAAGUUCUCUGGCGAUGGCAUCUGCCCACUCAUCGAGAAGAAGUUCGGUGAGAAGAUGCACGCUCUGGAGCGCAUCAACCCCAAGCUCACCGCAGCGAUUGAGACUUCUCUACCCAAGAUCCUCCUUCUUCUUGGCGAUGGCCCUCCCAUCGCGCUCCAUGCUGAUGGUAAUAAGAUGUCCAACCUCCAGGCCUUCCUCACCACCCUAGAUCAAGAGCUGCCAGAUUCGGAAUUGAAGCAGAAGGUCUUCACCACUCUCAAUAUCCUCGUCCUCUACAAAUCACUGUCGCCCUCCGACUUCGCCGACCAAGUCCUCGCAGAGAUCAAUUCUAUUGACAAGAGCCCGGAGCGGGAGCAUCUGAGACCCCACGUUACGAACGAGAUCGUCUCCAUGCUUGAAGACGUCGCCGAGGGCAAGGUGGGAUCUGAACUUGACGCAAAGAAGUGGGUCAUGGAGAAUGUAGCCAAGGUGUUCGGUGAAGUCUUCCAGAACUUCCAUCUGCAGGUGGAGGGCUCCAUCGGACCGCGGGAUUCAGCAGACGACGAGAUGGCAAAGCUCAAUGAACUAGUGGAGGGACUGUUCGUUGAUGACAAUGGCGAGGGCCAGAUCACAACUGGACCAUAA